GUAGACUAAGUACAUUGUGUUUACAUACUUAUGUCGAUGUUUGAACUGUGGCUGUGACAGAACGAACGUGACAGCUCGGUGGAUCUGUACCAUGUACCAUGAUGCUGAUGGUGUAUCUGCACUUGUCCCUGGUGUGUGCGACAGUUCUCCCACAAUCUGCUGAGUCAGGGAAAGGUGAACCUUCAGACGACUUGGGAACCGCCAUACGCGUACUGUACCAGACAAACAGAAGAGUGAAUCUCACAUGCCGCUUCCCUGCAAGUGCCGAUGUAACAGUAACUUGGAGAAAGACGGGGUUACAGGUACCCAUUGCCGUAGGACGUUGGGUGGUUUCUCAUCCCGACAAGUACCAGAUCGCGGAAGACAAGACGCAAGGCAUAUCAAGCCUCAUCAUCGCUGCUGCCACUGUGACGGAUGCAGGGUUCUACGCCUGUUCUUGGAUGCUGAACAGGACGGUGGUGAACUCUACAACAUUCGUGCUGACACGAAAAGAUAAACAUUUCACACUCAUCGAAACUUCAGAGAAGCCAAUAAAGGCUUCUAUCGGAGAUGAUGUCGAACUUCCUUGUAUCGUACAACGAAAACAUAAGUAUAAGGUUCUAUGGCUUGAUCCGAGAUCCCGCGUCGUCGCGUUCGGGUCACGGAGUCUCAGGAAACGAUACACGAUAAGUUCCAAGGGACAAAGGAGGAACUGGACACUGAAGAUAACAAAUGUCAAUAAAAAUGAUUUUGGCACGCUCACAUGCCUCGUCAACACAAACCCAAUACUCUCCAGUACUGUGGUAUUGUCCAGAAAAGGCGAUGCUGCACCACGGCUCCAUUCAGCUGUUACAGUCACCACCACACAACGACAUGACAAUCACCCAAACGUAACAAGUGUUUCAGAUUCAUCGGCUGUCAAUGUGGACUACGAUGCUCCAAACAUCGCGGCUGUCCAUCAAGCAAAGACGGAACAGAGCUGGGACCGGUUGAUUUUGGGUACAAGCAUUGGCGUUUGUGGCUUUGUGUUGUUCGUGGGACUGGCCAGUGGAUGUUUCCUGGUGGACAGGAUACAGAAGAUGACGCGGAGGAUCAUCCAGCAGGAGUUGACUCUAGACCAUAUGCGCAUGCGUCGUAGGAGCAGACGACUCACAUCAGAAACACAUGUUAUCAUUGGAAGACAAAACAGUGCCUCAAAAGACAACGCAAAUGACUCGUACAUGUCUGGAAAGGCCCAAAACGUGGAAAACUGGAACUUUCCUAAACCCCCUAAACAACAAGGGUUUAAUGGUACGUAUUGUGAACCUUGGUCAUCAAGCAGUGACAUUAUUCAGGCCAUGAACGCAGCCUACACCGACCGACAGGGUCAGGGAGACGUACGACCAGAGAACAGGGCAGACGAGGACCCGGCCGAGGUGGCUGCUGGGUGCGGCAGGCAGGAACCACCAGGGGGAGAUAACCCGUGUCCGAAUGGACGGGACGAUCACGUGAUGGACAUGGAGGAGAGAUCGUUGAUACGUGUGGACGGCGAAGGGGAGUGUAACAAGGAGGAUGAGUCACGGGAUAUGUGACAAUAUAUUAGUGGCAUGAAAAAUUCAGCAAGAAAUAUUUACCUUGCAUACAAAACAUGCUUUUAAAGAUAUACCACAGGAUCGCGUCCUGAAAUAAGCAAGACGAAUGAUACAUGGCCUAUACGACUCUCUAAUAUAUGACACGGCACCCGUCAUGCAGCUGAAAAGAAUGUUUCUGUGUUGCAUAACGCCGAACGUAGGGAUAUCCCAAUUAAAUGACGGCGGUCUGUAAAAUAUCGAGUCUGGACCAGGCAAUCUAGGGAUUAACAGAAAAGGCAUCGAUCUGCGUAAUUUGGAUGCGAUGACAUGCAUCAACCAUAUCAGUGAGUCUGAUCACCCGAUCCAGUUAGUCGCCUCUUACGACAAGCAUAGUCGCCUUUUACAACAAGCGUGGUUUGCUGAAGACCAGUUCUCAAUCAGAGCUUCAGUUGGGGAGACAAGCAUAGGAUGCUGAAUCCAGGAAAUCUGUUAAAGGUCCAUACAUUGUUGACUUCUGUACUGACGGGUAUCAAUACCGCAAUUUCACUGACGCUGUAACCGGACACACAUAAUGCCUUAGACGUGUACAUAUACAGUCUCCGGUGUCGACUAUAUGCCGAAACCACACCCAGGAUGGAAUUGCUCAUAGUAUUCUGUGCCACAUUAUUAGUCUCCGUGACCAUGCCAAUAUGUAACAUGUGCGUGUUCUGGUUUAUCGUGUAAAUAUGUAUUUUGAGAUGUU